AGGGAGGGGAGGGGCCGGGCCUUCGGCAGCAGUAGCGGCAGGGAGUCCUCCGGGUGGCCGCUGCUGCCGCCUUGCUUCUCAAGCAUCAAGCCCUCCUCCUCCUCCUCCUCCAAGCCUAGCACCGGCAGCGCCCACGGGGGACGGAAGUGUCCUCAAGCCGUCCCCGACGGGCCUCCGCCCGCUCCCUCAAAGCGCUCGGCGCUCCAGGCAGGUCCCCUCCUCCUUGCCUUCGCUUGGUCCUUCCCCAGCGCUAUGGCGGCGGCCGAGCCCGGCAGUAACGGCAGCAGCGGCGGCGGCCGAUACCAGCAGUUGCAGAACGAGGAGGAACCUGUUGAAAAUCUGCCAAUUGUAAAUGAUUUUCCACCACCUUACAGCAGCAUUUCUGGAGAGAAUUCAGCUUAUUUUGACUACAAAGAUGAAGCUGGGUUCCCUAAACCUCCUUCAUAUAAUGUAGCUACAACUCUGCCUACUUAUGAUGAAGCAGAGAGAACUAAGGCAGAAGCUACUAUUCCCUUAGUUCCUGGAAGGGAGGAAGAGUUUGUGACACGGGAUGACUUUGAUGAUUCCGAUCAAUUGAGGAUAGGAAAUGAUGGCAUUUUCAUGCUGACUUUCUUCAUGGCAUUCCUUUUCAACUGGAUUGGAUUCUUCCUCUCUUUCUGCUUGACUACCUCAGCAGCAGGAAGAUAUGGGGCUAUUUCUGGAUUUGGUCUUUCUCUCAUUAAGUGGAUUCUGAUUGUCAGGUUCUCUACCUAUUUCCCUGGCUAUUUUGAUGGACAAUACUGGCUGUGGUGGGUGUUCCUUGUAUUAGGAUUUCUUCUGUUUCUCAGAGGAUUUAUCAAUUAUGCAAAGGUUCGGAAGAUGCCAGAAACAUUUUCUACACUCCCUAGGACAAGAGUUCUCUUUAUUUACUAAAGACUAAAGUCUUUUGGCAACAUUUUCCUGCUUUAAAUGAAUCCUCCCUCAAUUAAUAUAUGGACAUCUGCAGGAAAUUAAUCAAGACUCUGGACACCCACAAAAGAAAGAAAGUAAUUAAUCACCUGCUUAAAAUAAAUAAAGUUUUAUUGGAAAAAAAAGAAGCAUUUCUUUCUAUUUGUUUUUAGAUGUAAAAUUUUAAUAGUACAAUGCAAACUCCUGUAAUCAUUAAAUCAUUAGUGGCUAAUGUUUGAAACAACUCUUGCAAUCAAGUCUGUGAUGUUACUAAUAAUGCCUUAUUUAGUAUUUGUAGUCUUUUAAAUAGCAUGAGCUAUUGCCCUGUAGCCAGAAGGGGUCAGUCUUGCUUUUUUUCCCCCCUUAAAAUGAGCUUGGAGUAUACUCUCUUAGUGUAAGAUACUGUAAUAAUGCUGGCCAUUGUGAAGGGAUGUUCUUGGAUCUAGAAACUUGUUUUAACUGUAUUUCUGCACAUAAUAUGUAUCUGUUAUUAAAUAAAAUGAUAACAACUUGGAAGUAAAGUGUACAUGCACAAUCUGAAUGUUUUUAAAGAAUAACUGAGAGUAUGGCUAAGAAGAUGGUAGAAAGAUGUAUUGAUUUUUGGUAAUAUAUGAUAAGUCCUUUAUACAAUUGUACUAUAUCCAUUUUGGCUUGGGAUCCUUGCAGUAUAUGUUGGUAACGUAAAAUUCAAAUAAUUUGAUACUGCCAUGUGUAAAAUUAGACAAUUAUGUUUGAUGAUUUUAGGGUCUUAAGAUAGUCUCUUUACUAAUUAACAUUUCUUGUUUUUCUAAUUUAUGUUACAGUUAAAUAUAGUUCAUUGUAUGUUUCUGUGAUUUCUGCAAAGCAGUAAUUCAGAAUUCUAUUGUGUUAAAACUGUAAAUAUAGCAGAAUGUUAAUAAAUGUCACUUACAUUA